AUGUAUAUGAAUGUAUAUCCUUCAGAUAACAAGCUAUCACAGUAUACGUAUACUACCACUAAGCCCGGCGAUAUAUUCUCUCUGCCACCAACUACUCCUCCUACUAUUAACAACGAACCGACACUAACCUCCACCACCACCAAAACAACAACAACAACAACCACCACCUCCGACAACCAGAACCACCCGAAACAAUCUGCAAUUGAAACCGAUAACGAUAACGCUAGCGAUGCCGGCGAUUCGCAGCCGAUCCGCAAGGUGAAGCUGAGCGCAAAUGAGUCAAAGGUGGUGGAAGAGGCACCCUGUGUGCGGCGUCAGUACUACCAGCUGGGAAGCGAGGGGGAAAACCCCGAGACGCCCGAGAGCUCAGGGACCCCUGGUAAGGCUUGAAUUCAACCACUACCCGAACUUGCCAAAAGAAAAAUAAAACAAAAAUUUAAGAAACUCUGUACACCUAACUAUUCUAUCUAUACUUCUUUUUGAUUUUUGCAAAUAAAUAUACUUGAAAACUGUUUACCAAAACCGCAA